AGCUGCCGAUUUUUAUUGUAAAAUGCAUACACUGUACAAAAUUCUUCUCGCAGUUCUCUACGUGCUCAUUAUUAUCGCAAUUUUCAUGUUUGUCUUCCUAUGGGUCUUAGUUAUUUUGGAUAUUAUCAAGAUUCUUGGUAAAAUUAAAAAGUUGAAGAAGGAAAAGAAAUCGAACUGUGCUCUCAGAAAAUUUUAA